GAUUACCAAUACAACCCUGCUCUUCAUUGACAGCAAGUGCAACAGCGGAAAGAAAAAUAUGUGCAGGAAGCUUAUUUUGGUGAUUUGAGUUGUAAUAUUCACAUUCUUUUCAAUUUUUUACGUUCAAUGCGUAUUUAAUGCGCCAAUUGGAAAUAUGUCGUGAUCGUGUUAAUCUUUCCCCAAGUGCUUCAGUGUAAAUGUGUGUUAGUUAUGUUAGUAUUGACCUCGAAUGAACUGAAGUUGAGCGACCUCCCAAGAACAUCAAUGUAGCAGAAAGCAGCAUAAAAGAAUACAAAUAAAUCAGUGAGAAUAAUCAGUCAUAGUUUUAUAUUAUUUUAUAUAGCGUCAAAAUUGUACAAAUAACAUCCAAUAGUGUUUAUAUUAACACAUCUCGUCAGAUAUGGGCGCAAGUGGUUUUAAAACCGAAGAUAACAAAACAGCAGCAACAAUUGUGCAUCACGUUACUGGAAGCGGUAAUGGUACAAGUGGUAGUGGUAUAGCGAAUACAGCAACAGCGACCAAUAUGAGCAUUGAAACGUGUCUGGUGUGUGGAGAUCGUGCUUCAGGUCGACAUUAUGGAGCUAUUUCAUGUGAAGGCUGUAAAGGCUUCUUCAAGCGUUCCAUACGCAAACAGUUGGGAUAUCAGUGUCGGGGUUCCAUGAACUGUGAAGUUACCAAACAUCAUCGUAAUCGGUGUCAAUUCUGCCGUCUCCAGAAAUGUUUAGCCAGCGGAAUGCGAAGUGAUUCUGUUCAGCAUGAACGUAAACCAAUUGUUGAUAAGAAGGAGUUCGCUGGAAGCUCUUCUUCUGGUUCAUCCACUUCAACAGUGACCAAUGCCGCGGCCGCCGCAGCUGCUUUGAGUGCUAACAACACCGCAACUAGCAGCGGGAGUUUGCUCUUCGGUCACAAUCUAAGUACAAACGCUGGUACUGGCAACAAAUCUGAGACACCAUCCACUUCAAAGUCUUCUAUAUUUUCAUAUAAUAUGACUUUGCCCGAAAUGAGACAAGCAUUUGUAAACAACACAGAUGUAACCGUACCACCUCUACCUUUUCAGCUUACAUUUGCCGAAAUGAGACAAAUUAUCGAAAAUGCAAAGAAUUUCCAACAAGAAAAACAGAUUCCCCUACAAAAUGCAACACCCCAGUCACUUUAUUUUUCACCAGAGUUGCCGAAAGCCGAUGACGAAGAGGACGAUGAUGAUGAGUCCAUGGACAAUAGCAGCACCACAUGUUUGCAAAACUUAACUUCUAAUGCAAACAAUAACAACACGCAAAACUUAAAUCUUAACAUAGACGCGUUGCACAGUCCUGCCACUGCAGUGGGACAAAUACAAACCGCCUUAGACAGAUGUGUUAUCGAGAAAGCGUUGCAGUUGCUAAUACCCAUACAAAAUCAGUUGGAUCGCUUAUCACUUGCAGCUGGUAAUGGAAAUACAAGCGGUUCCCCUUCUAUAAAAAAUGAAAUAAAUGAUGAUGACAUGGGCGAAGACAGCAGCGCCGAUGAUGAAUAUGAAGUGUCUGAAACAAUACUUGGUGUGGCAAAUGCAAAACAUUUCGUCAUAAACGAAUGUAUCUUCGAGAAUGAGGUAUUGACGAGCGCACAGGCUGCUUUCAAUCUACAAACACCCAAUUUAAUGUCCGCCUAUCUGAAUCUGCAUUAUAUUUGCGAAACUGGUUCACGCAUAAUUUUCCUUAGCAUCUAUUGGAUGCGUAAAAUAACAGCUUUCGAUCAACUCGAUGGACGUACACAAAUCAAAUUGUUGCGCGCUAGCUGGCCUGGCCUGCUUGCGAUUGCAUUGGCGCAAGUACGUAGUCUUUCGAUUACCACAAUUAUCACCACACUCGUGGCAAAUGUACGACAAUUAGCUGAGGUGGACAAGAUCGAACCGCAAAAAAUUCGAAAACUCAGUGAGCACAUUGCACGCAUACAUUCCUACAUUCAAGAGACGUUAGCAUUGGAUUUGGAUGAUAUGGAAUUUGCGUAUCUGCGCCUCGCUGUCUUUUUCAAUCCACACAUGUUGUUGCGAAAGCGUGAACGGAAUGUGCGCGACUUUGUGCGUCGCGUACAACUUUAUGUACUAUCAAGUUUGCGCAAAUAUAUCGCAAGUCAGUUGGAGGACGAACAACAAGCGGAGGAACGUUUUAGUACACUGAUUAUCACACUUUUACCACUAGCUGCCUUAGAAUCAGAUGUUAUUGAGGAAUUAUUCUUUUCCAACUUAAUUGGGCAGGUGCAAAUCGACAAUAUGAUACCUUAUAUUCUAACACUGAGCGCCAAUACUAGUCUUUAACUAUAACACUUGUUUUGUAUCAUAAUUAUCGUCGUUUGGGUUUUGUCAACGCUGGCAAGUGUACCUUGUGCAGUAAACUUAACUAGUUUGGGUCGGAGUAUACCAAGUCAUUUAUAAAUUCACAAGUUAGACAGCGACUACGUUUAGCUUGUAUGUGUUUGGAGAGCCAAAUGGCGUAGUACUUAACUGUUGUCAGACAAUCCUUUGAAGUCCUCAAAUACACAACUCUUCUUUAUCAAGAGAAAGCACGCUGCCUACAAACGCCUCUUAAUACAAUAAUUUCGAUGUUGUUGGAAAACAUGUAAAGUUGAAAAAGGCUGCCACCCUAACAACGAACUUUUAAAAAGAGUCAAGUCUUCACCUAAGUGCAAGCAGAAAACUUAACUUCUGCUAAUGUUUACUUUAAACAAAGUGAAACAUAUUUAUACAUAAGUGACAAUAAUGAUAGACUGAAAGUAAAAAAUAUGAGAGAUGAAUAUAACGCUUUUGGCUUUUAUAUCAGUGGGUAAUUUUCCUUUCAACUAGAGAGGAAAAGCUCAUGAGAGUGAAAUUUCAAAUUUCACUUUGUUAAACAAAAAUUUAGUGCAAAUAUCAAAGAUCAGAUCUUUGCAAUUACAAUUAAUUGUAACUUUUUACAUUAUUAAGCAACGCCCAGUUAGGGUAAAGCUAUGUCAUAGCAUUAAGUGGAACAUACAAACAAUGAGCAUUUUUAAUUUGCAAUAAAAGUUAACUUUUUUACAAAAGAGAAA